GACCCAGCAGCCCUCCCAUUCACGGCUUCACCUGUUCGCAUUCACAUUUCUCGCCUCUUUUUUUUUUUUUUUUUUCCAGUCGGGAUUGUCUCCGAUCAGCCCCGACACCAGGACCAAAGCCCGCACGCCUCCAACCAUGCUGUGGUUCACCGGCUGCAGCCUGCUGCUCCUCUCCGCGCCCUUCGCCGGCGCCUCCCUGUCCGAGAUGGUGUUCCGCUGCCCGGGCUGCACCGCGGAGCGCCAGGCGCUCUGCCCGCAGCUCGCCGAGCCGUGCGCGGAGAUGGUGCGGGAGCCGGGGUGCGGGUGCUGCCCCGUGUGCGCCCGGCAGGAGGGCGAGGCGUGCGGCGUCUACACCCCGAGGUGCUCCACCGGUCUGCGGUGCUACCCGACGCCCGACUCGGAGCUUCCCCUGGAGCAACUGGUGCAAGGCCAGGGCCAGUGUCGGCGCAAAGUGGACGCGGAGACGGUCACUUACAGCCCGGAGCAGCGGGAGCACAGCAGCGGUGAGGCUUUGGAGCUGCAGCCCGACCUGGACGCGAGCGAGAUCCCGGCCGCCCGAAAGCCCAGUAAAGACGCCGCCUGGCUCGGACCCAAAGAGAGCGCCGUACGCCAGCACAGGCAGGAGAUGAAGACAAAAAUGAAGACCAACAAGGUGGAAGAGACUCAGUGUCAGCAGGAGCUCGACCAGGUCCUGGAGAGGAUAUCCAAGAUGCCUUUCAGAGAUAACCGAGGCCCUCUGGAGGACCUCUAUGCACUGCACAUCCCCAACUGUGACAAGAGGGGGCAGUAUAACCCAAAACAGUGCAAGAUGUCGCUCCACGGUCAGCGGGGCGAGUGCUGGUGCGUGGACCCCCACACCGGCCAGCGCAUCCUGUCAGCCCCGGCUGUGAGGGGCGACCCCAACUGCAGCCAGUACCUGAGCGAGCUGGAGCUGCCCGACGCCACCCAGAUUUAACGUGGCCAAGAGUUCAAAAACAAACUAAACUGUAAAGUGCUUGGGAACAACCCGAGUAAGCUAUAAGCUAUAUGUGUGUGUGUGUGUGUGUGUGUGUGUGUGUCUGCAGCCUGUUGAUUGGCAAGUUGCAUCUCAAAUCUUAACUUCCUACAAAAAGGUUUGGAUGAUAGUCGCCAACUUGUUGCUGCGGACUACAGUAAAUUUGCCACGUUCUUUUUUUUUGCGUGUGUUUUAGAGUCAGUGAUUAUGCUUUACUAACUGUAACAACGCUUCGUUGUCAGGGUUUUGUACUGUUUGAAAGAAUGGAGAAGCAUUCAGUGCGGUGAAUGUUUUUAGGCGUCUUUCUGUGCUCUCGCUUGCAGACUAUAGGCUUUUUUUUGGGUAUGCCUCAUUUGUGUUGCACAGUAAGUAGUAAGGAAAUGAUAUGAUAAAGUGCUAAUGCAAAAUAAAGUGGAAACCUGUUGAAUCUGUAA